GGAGCCCAGUGUUUCUUCAGUUCGUCCCUGCCACCGGCUGGGGCGAGUGGAACUAGUAUUGUAUCACGAUGACUUAAAAUAAUUGGCGCACACGAAUUAUGCGUGUUGGGGUUGAAGUGCGGUGUGUUCUCCCCCGCCCAUACCCGCCGUGUGCCUCACUAAUGAUUAACCAAAACAGCCACUUACACGUCAGGAGCAGAUCAGCUGGGGAGAAACCGUAUGCGGCCUCCACCGCAGGCGGAGAGAUGCGAGGAGGGCUUGGGCGGGCUGCCUGGUGCUUCGGUCCAAGACAGAACUGUGAGGGCCACCUGCCACGCGUGUGAGGUGUUGUCGACAGCCUCCCCAGGCAAGAAAGGCCAAGAAAACGGAGCGCGAUACCCAUAGUACAGAGCAGUCAAGGGAGAAAGAAGCCGGACAUCACAAGGACCCUUCGUCGUUCUAAUGCGUAUGUAGACGUCUCAGUUUGGGGAGUUAACUCUAAAGCACCAUCCAGAACUCUCGCAUUUGAGGACAUUCAAGGCACUUGUGUCCUCCUUGGGGGAAAUCGCAACAUUCCAUCAGGCCUCACAGGAAUACUUUGGUUUCAUUUCAAGGAGCUAAGGUCUUUUUAAAGUUUGAAAGAACCAGCGAAUUGAGAGGUGCAGAGAGGACAAAAAUCAGACUUUUCUGAUUUUAAAAUUCUACAAUUUAAAAAUUCUUAGAAGAAAUUGCCAACAUAUUUCCUCCCAAUUGAACAGAUUUUUUUUCCAGUGAACAAGCUAAACCAGAGCUGCUUCCUAGUCCAUCUGCUUUCUCUGUAAAGAAUUUUGAAAACGUACCAAAUAUGUAGUUAAAAUCCUUAAUUUCUGAUGUCCUGAUGACAUUCUGAAACUGCUAAAUAUCCUUUAAAAAAUGUCCAGUAGACUUCAAAUACAAGAGAAAUACAAUACCCAUUCUCAGUCUUAAAGAAUUAUCAACAAGCUCUUAUUUAAAAGUCAGAAAUUUUACAUCCUUUUCUCCAACUCAUUUCUAUUCCACUUCCCCCAACAAAACUGUGUCCUAAAGUAAAACAUUCUUAUACUAAAAAAUUUUACUGAUCACACUUUUGCAAGAGACCCAUACAAAUAGUCCAUCGUCAUUUGUGGAUUCUGUGCAAAUUCACCUACUUGAUAAGGUUUGUUUGUAACCCCAAAUCAGUACUUGUGGCCCUUUCUCGUUUAUAGACAUGUGCAGAGCAGUGAGAAAUUUGAACAGCCUUUACGCACACAUUCCUAGCUGAACUUGCACAAGGCCAUGCUCUGCCGUCUUAUUUCAGCUGCUAACAUAAGCAGAUGGCCUUUUCACAGUCUACUGGCACCACAUUUUUCACAUUGUGCUUUUGUUGAUUUUGCUGUUUUAAAUGGCCCCCAAGCGUAGUGCUAAGGUACUAUCUAAUGCUCCGAAGCGCAAGAGGGCUGUAAUGUGCCUUACAGAGAAAAUACGUGUGUUAGAUAAGCUUCGUUCAGGCCUAAGUUAUAGCGCUGUUGGCCGUGAAUUCAAUGUCAACGAAUCAACGAUACAGUACAUCCAGAAAAAGAGGACAUUCGCCGACCUGUACGUGAGGCCGCUCCAGAAAGGGCUAAAGUCACAUCGAUUGUGCGUGAUGCAGCUAUGGAAAAGAUGGAAAAGCGGCUAAAUUUGUGGAUUCGGGAGAUGACAACCAAUAAAAAGAACACAGUGGACAGUGUUGUUGGGAGGCUGAAAGCCAAGGAAAUUUACAGUCAUGUUACCCAGGGUCAGGAAAAGGUUAAACCCUUCUCAGCUAGUGCAGGCUGGCUUGCACGGUUCAAAAGGCGAUACCACAUGAAAAAUGUUAAAGUUGCAGGCAAGGCAGGUCCUGCAGAUCAGGAAGCUGCAGAAGAAUUUAAAAAGUAUCUGCUAAGCAUUAUACAUGAAAAGGGUUAUAUGGAAGAGCAGGUUUUCAAUGCUUUCAUUUCCAAUGAGGAAACCACCAUGAUGGACUACUGGAAGUCCGUUGGUAUACGCAACAUUAUAGAUUAUAGCAGCACAGCCUGGGACAGCAUCAAGCAGGCUACUAUUAAUAACUGUUGGGGAAAUGUUUGGCCAGACUGCGUGAAACAUUUUGAAGGCUUGGAAGGUGUUACAGAAAAUAUAAAGAACAGUGUCGAAAACAUAAUGCAUAUUGCACAGCAAAUAAGUGGAGAAGGCUUCAGAGACAUGAGGGAGGGAGAUGUGGAGGAAAUUUUGGAAGAAAUGGCAGUAGAACCCACCAAGAAAGACCUGGAUGAGAUGGCAAAGCGUGGCACUGGAGUCAGUGAUGAUGAUGGUGACGAAAGUCAGCCUAAGACUCCAAGAAUUGUCCCUCUCACAGCAGCCAAAAUAUCGGAAUGGAAUUCUGCCCUGGAAAAAAUUUUCCAUGACAUGGAAGAAUGUGACCCUGUGCUGGAACACAGCCUCACGCUUAGGCGCCUGACCUCCACUGCAUCCGUCCCUUACGCUGAAACACUUAAAGAUUUGAGGCGAAAAGCCAAGCAGACAAGGCUGAAGGAAUUUUUCAAGCCAGUUCGGGAGGGAACGUUGCUGACACCAUCACCAAGUUGUGAAAGCCAGACUCCUGGGGUAGAACCACGAGGUCUCACAUGCCAGCCUCACUGACGCCUUCCUCUUUGGCCAAGUCAGUCACACACUCUCCUUUGGUUUUCCGGGGGUGCAAGUCAAGGUCACGAGGUUUAACCACUCUGCCCUCUGCCCCAUCACAGUGUAAACACCACAAGUAAGGUUUUCCUUAAUGUUUUCACAGGAUCCCAAGUGUUUCAUCUUUGUGUAACGCUCUCGCGUGUGACGGUCCUGUGCAGCAUAGUGUGUGUGCCGCCUGCACACCAUGUGUGCGACUAAGCCGGGGAGGCAGGCACUGCAUGGUGCUGUCCCCGAGACAGUGUUUCCCUAUGAAGGAACACCGCACACAGCUAGUUGUUUGUAAGGAGCACAUAUGAAACGAGCUAUCUUCACACAGAAAUACAUCGAAAACCAAGAUCAUGUGUCCACUGGUGGACAAAAUAUUGCGAUCUGAGCUCCAAGGAAACCAACCCUGCACUUCCCCCAGGAACAGUGGCUCAGGAGUUGCUAGCUCAGUGUUCACCGUGACUGUAGCACAAACUACCACAAAUCACAAAAGUCAGCUCUACCUUUAAGAUUAUUAAGCCAUAAAGAUCUAAUCAUUACAAUUUUUCUUCUAAAGUAGCACAACUAUUAUGAGUACAAUGGGAACAAUACACUACAGUUUUUGAAGAAAAUUAUCAAAUGUAAAAUGUAAAACUUUACCUGGAAAUGUGUAUCUUAAUGAGAUGUAGAGGGUUUUUUUUUUUUAAUUAGCUCAUUUACUCAUGGACAACUAUCACUUACUCCUAGAAAUAAAUACAGUCCAGCAUUAAUUGUAUUCCUGUCUUGGGGGGUUUUAUGCAAACACUGAGAAGCCUCAUUCCUAAAAAUAAGUAAAUAAAAAAUGGAAGUUUUGUUAUUUUGUAGCUUGAUUCUUUGAUGCCUUCUGAA